AUGCCUCCCUACAACAUGCUCACAAGCGCAUUCAAGGCUCCCGAAGUCAACCCGCUCACAUUCAAAGCACUAUCAAUCCCGAUUUUCAACCCAAUCAAUCGAUAUGGAAGAGUAUUCUUCUUCUCAUGGCUCGGUUUCUUUGUUGCGUUCCUGUCAUGGUUCGCUUUCCCACCUUUGUUGACUGUCACCAUUAAGAAAGAUCUCAACAUGAGCCAGGCGGAUGUAGCAAAUUCUAAUAUUAUGGCGCUAUUGGCUACUCUCCUCAUGCGAUUCAUCUGCGGACCCAUGUGUGAUAAAUUCGGUCCUCGAUGGGUCUUCAUCACCGUCUUACUUUGCGGCGCCAUCCCGACCGCUAUGGCAGGUCUGGUCACCACACCCUCUGGCUUGAUUGCCCUUCGAUUCUUCGUCGGAAUUCUCGGUGCCAGCUUUGUGCCUUGCCAGGUGUGGACCACUGGAUGGUAUGAUAAGAGCGUUGUCGGCUAUGCCAAUGCCUUGGCCGCUGGCCUCGGUAACGCCGGUGGUGGUGUGACUUACUUCGCGAUGCCCGCCAUCUUCGACUCCCUUGUCAAACACCAGGGCCUCUCUGACCACAAAGCCUGGAGAGUCGCCUAUGUCGUUCCAUUCAUCAUCAUCACCGCCAUCGCCAUAGGUAUGAUGUUCCUUUGCGACGACACCCCUACCGGGAAAUGGUCCGAACGCCAUCUCGGAGGCACCGACACACCCAUGAUGACAUCCAGCAACCCAGACUCAUCAGCCUUUUCUUCCGGCACUGUAACCCCGCGCAUCGCCAACGAAAAGAUCGACGGCAAAAUCGCUUCUACCUCCUCUGCUGGCUCAGACACCGAAGCUCAAGUCGACAACUCCGAGGGCGAUCUCAUUGACGAAAUGAUCGUUGCACCAACAUGGCGCGAAACUCUGCAAGUUGUUUUCAGUCUCCCCACCAUCUCUCUCGCUGCUCUUUACGCUUGCUCCUUCGGUGCCGAAUUGGCUCUCGACGGCGCUUUGGGUAGCUACUACACCAAGAACUUCCCCAAAAUGGGCCAGACCAAAUCCGGUGAAUGGGCGGCCAUGUUCGGUCUUUUGAAUGUCGUCACUCGGCCCCUGGGAGGCUAUAUUGCAGAUGUGAUUUACCGCCGCACAUCCUCCGUAUGGGCCAAGAAAAUCUGGUUGACAUUCCUGGUCAUUGUCACCGGCGUAUUCUUGUUGGCCAUCGGUCUCACAAACCCAACAAGCGAAUCAACCAUGUUCGGAUUAAUGGCUGGAAUGGCCGUCUUCCUUGAAGCUGCUAACGGCGCUAACUUUGCCCUGGUGCCUCAUGUGUACCCUUUUGCCAAUGGUAUCGUCUCCGGCACCGUCGGCGCUUUCGGAAAUCUCGGAGGUGUCAUUUUCAAUAUUGUCUUUAGAUACAAUGGCACACACUACGAGCGAUCAAUUUGGAUCAUGGGUGUUAUUACUCUGGGUAUUGGCGUUUUGCAGUCAUGGACUCGACCUGUUACCAAAGAGGUAGUCGUUUCGGGGAAGCACUGA